UUCACGAACGAUGAGUAUAUUUCCAGUCACGGACGGGAUCGUUUGCUCGUAAUUUCGUCGCGCGUAUUUCUCGCGUACCAUUCGGCUUCUUAUGUUUGUCGGAAGUAUGUCAGUUCGUCGUUUCGCUAUUACCCUGUCGCGUUUCUGGUGGAAGUGAAAGCAAAAAUUACGUGCUCCUAGAAGUAUCAACGAAUUCUUUAUCGUCUUCAGGAUGAAGAGGUCUACUGAGGAACUUGAUGACUUCGCGACCGGAAUGGACUUUGAAUGGAGAACAGAACUGGGCUGCCUUCGAGCUAUGGAUCCUGAAUCUAUUGUUCUGUUCAGAGAGGAAGGUCGAAGGACGAAUGUCUACGAGGAAGCUGCUGGGAAUUCAUUCAUCCUUGGUUUCGUCCAAGGUUUCACAGAUGAUUGAAUUCAUAUGGAGGUAUUACCACAUCUUUUUAUCAAUCUGGAAUUCUUCUUUAAUGAGGCUGAGCUGUGUUGCUGCUAAACAACAAAUUUAUUCACCGUUUACAAGCACAUCGUCAAGAGUUUGCAGCAGGUUAGAGCAAACACGGGCACGAAAUAUCAAGAAUAUGAUUACCUAGAUAAAAUGAAUUUACGCUAAAAAAUAUGUUCGCGUUUAGAUUAGGUAACGUGUGCUCUUUUCAAUUCGAAUACACGAAAUUUUGUGUUAGAUAACGAGGAAUUAAAGAUAGCACAAGUCAUAGAUAUAGUUUCAUGAAUUUUCAGGGACUCGAUAAAACUUGUUGAUUUUUGUCAUUUUCUUGAUUACUUCAAUUUUUCUAAAUAAUCUUUUAUGUAACUUAUCUAAUUGUAAGUAUGAAAUGGCUGAUUCUUGAAUUUUGAUAUUCCCUGAUGGGCAAGGUUAAUGCAUGGUUCUUUUCAACGAAGAACCAUUCAUUUCGUAUUAAGAAUAUCGAUGAGCCAUUUACACAUUCCUUUUUAUCAAACUUCAAGCUUUAAUUUAGUGUAUCAUAUGUGGUAUUUGACAGUACUUUUCUGUCAUGAAAUUGAAUCAGAAGUUUUAUCUUUAGUAGAUGGCCAUUUGAUACGAAGCAACUUGAUAGUUCCAUUAUUUUUAUUGUCAGUUCACUUAUGUUGCGAAUUCAAACGAAAGACUUGUGCAUUUAUUUUCACUAAAGUUUAAGCUUUAAUUUAGUGUAUCAUAAGUGGUAUUUGACAAUGCUUUUCUGUCAUGAAAUUGAGUCAGAAUUUCAUUGUUCUAAAAUCUAUCAAAUCUGUCAAAUCAACGAUAAUUCAAAACUGUUCGAGCCUAACUCUGUUUUAAUCAGCAAAUAAUCAGACGAUUGAGUAUAUUUCACGUAAAGGUAGACAAAAGGCUGAAUUUGAAUUAUCGACGUCUCCUAGGUAUGGUCCAAGCGACACGUGUCAGCGAGAGCAACGAGGAACGAGAAUGCAGCCACUGUGGCUGUAAUCAGAAAAGCGUGCGUACGGUGGUUCGAGUGUUAACAGCAGUCCUUCAUAGGACAUUGACUUGAGAUAUCGUCGACUCGCUGCGACGACGCUAUCUCGUUUCGGCCUAUCGUACUCGUUUCGCUGUACCUUAUCUGUCCGCCUCCGUCUUAAGACACUUUCUCGUAGCAAGCCGCGUGAAAUCGUCAUAGCUGCGAAAAACGUCGCGAAAAAGAAUCAUGCGGUGAGUUUAACACGUUGAUUGCCACGUUGGUCACCUGUGACAGGAAUUUAUUUUCUCAGUGGGACCAUAGUGGUCAUCGAUUAAUGAAAAUUUUGUAGUGAGCUUCUGGAAACAAUAUAAAAAAUUAGCGUGGCAAUCGACGUGUUAAUUACUAUCCAAAUAUCACACCAUUCAAAUUUUUACUCUGUCUUAUUUAACCCAUAAUUAGUACAGUAGUGUUAAUUUUUAUUUUUAAAAUUAUUUUAAAAUAGGGUAUUAAGAAUAAUGCACAGCACUACCACUUUAUUAUUUAUUUUUAUUUUAUGAUGUGUUGUGUACUCUACUAUACCUUACCAUCGAUUAUGGGUUAAUUAGACUGGAAGCAAAUCUUAAUUGUUUCAUUUAAAACUGUGUCAUUUACAGUAUAUUGUAAAAUAUUAUAACAUAAAUUUUGUGAGAUAUGGUUUCUGUAAAAUGUAAGAGUUUGUGGUUCGAAUGAAUGAUUAAUUAGGUAUGUAUUUUAAUUAGCUAUUUCGAUUGGCCCUCGCAGAUUUCUUCGAUCGUUAUGUUUAAUUAAUUCAUUGUAUAUUCUUCUUUGAAAGACGACGAUACCCGAUUUUUUUUCUCUAGUAAGAAAAUUAGCGUUCCAUUUAUAAGACCGUGGUGGGACGUGUUUAUCGAAAGGUCGUUGACACGUGACGUAUACUGGAAUUAUUUAAUUUUUAUCGGGAUCUGUCUCGAAAAUAGUAUCACACACGAAUGCUACUCCGUAAGAAACGUAUCACUGUCGUUUUGUGUAGCAUCACUUUGUCGUGCAUUGUCUCGCUUUCCAAAUGAACUAUUUUCUUUUAUUUUUAACAUUUUAUUACAGAUAUUACAACUUGUAAGUCGGCACGCUUAGAAUAAAUUAUAUUAUGUUAUUUAAUAAUUAAAAAUUGUAACUUGGAAUGAAAUUACGUAUUCUUAAAAAAUGCAAAAUUAUAAUUCCAAAGAGAGAACAACCUUCAAUUCGAAAUGAAAUACUCCACUCGAUUAAUUAUGUAAUUGAUUGCAUCCCAUUGUUCUACUACAUCAAACACGGUGUUAUUAGCGGUAAUGAGCGAUUCUAUGUCGAAUCUUGAUGUUAAUGAAUCGGGCAAAACCCCUGUGGCUCGGGGGGAGUAGAAUACGGCCACGGUAUCCCCUGCCUGUCGUAAGAGGCGACUAAAAGGGGGAUGUAAAAGAGAUUCCACGAAAACUGUAUUGCGAAUAAGAGCGAGACACAAAAGUAUAGCAAAACAGACUAAAGUUAAGAUUAAAAUUGCGCGUUUGCGCGUGGAUGAAAGCGUUCGUUGGGCAAAAAGGGACGGGUAGAAAGUCUCUAAAGUAUGCCACCCUCGCGGAAAAUGAAAUUAUGUCAUGUCAUGUAUCGGUCAAAAAAUUGAAAUUCGAUUGAUUAGGGCCGUGAAAUUGUCAUGCAAUCCGCGAGCGUGUCGAACGAGCGAAACAACGUAGCGACAACGCUUCUAAUUAUAAAGCGAACUUCAAUAGGCUUAUCACACCGAGGCAGGUGGCCCUUGCGAUGCGUUAUUAAUAAACAUGCUCGGAACGAUCGGCGAACCGCGAAAGCUGUGCUUGCUGCUUCGCGAAAGAUCGCUUUAAAACCUUGACACCGAUCUAACAUUGAAAUGGUAAAACGUUUUUUAUAGAAAAAAAUUGAGUUUGCAUUAUUCAACACUUUGAUGACCGCGCGAUUCCUUACGACCAUUCUAAUUGGCAACCGGCAAUUUUAUAUUAAGAAUAUCAACGAAAGUUUAUACCGUCAUUUUCAUUAAAUUUUAAGUAUCGAAUUGAACUAGGAUAAAUUCUAUUCGGUGAUACCUUUAUGUCAUCAAAUGUUGAAAGUAAAUGAAUAUUAACGCAGGCCUCUAUAAGAAAAAGCUCGAUCGAUUUUCCGGAAUCGUUAAUUACUGCGUCCUUGCACGAAAGCAAGGGUAUUGCUGUUCGAGGUAAUGACAGUCGUCGAUACGAUUCUAGGAUGGUUAAUCUUAUUCUUCUCGGUUAACAGCUUCGCGGAAGGAACGAAUCCGUUGAAGAUACUUCGUUAUCGGGGCCAUGGUGUCAUUAUCACGCGAUAGACGAUUAAUCGCGAGGCAAGGUCACGCUAAAGACCUGUCCUCCAUUUUCCGAACUUCUGGCAAAUUUUGCGACAGAUUCCAGUUAAAAUAAGUAUCAAUUAUUUUAGUUCUCCGAGUAAACUAUUUAUAUUUUCUACAAAAGAAAUAUAAAACAAAUGUCCCUCGAAUUCCACAAGCUAUUCAUAUCUUGUAUUAGUAUUAUGAUAUUUUCUAAUGCAAUUUUGUAAUUUAAUGAUCGACGCAUCUACCGAAACAUAUGUAAUUGUUCCAGUAAUUUAUAAUUUCGUUCAUAUUGCGUAUAUUUUCGAUACAAAACAUAGUUAUAAAUUUAUAAUAUAUGCUUUGGAGGAUGAAAUCACUACUUCUCUUUGCAAGCUUAACCCCUUCGCCUAUGAUUUGUUCGAUAAUUGCAUCAGUCAUUGCUUGAAUUUUAGGACAAAUAUGAUGCAUGCAUAGUUUUUCUAUCCUUGACUGAACGACAAAUCACAAUUAGAAUUCAACUCAAAAUCAUUCAUACUAAAAGUAUCAGCCAAAGACACAUUUGAACUGUAAGUAGUGUCACGAGUGUGACACGAUGUUAUUAGGCAAGGGGUUAAGAAUGUUCUGUCCCCGAAAGGGUUAAUAUCAAUCCUGAUGAAAGUAGAGUUAAGUUAAUGAGCGUUACCAUCGAUAGUAAAAGACACUUCAACCUGUCAUCAACGUCAAACGCUUGCCGAAUCAAGGAGGAACAAGAUGGAGGAAGCUAGAGAAAAGGAGAAAGGAGAGAGUAAGAGUGACUGACCGACAGGAUUAAUUCGACGAGCAGAAACAGGGACCGGGAUAGCAUGGAAUCACGUGCUCGUAAAUCUGUCAGAACUCUUUAAGCGUUCAUGAUAGCAUGAAUGCUCCUUUUUUCUUCUCUCUCUCGCUUCUUGCGUUUUUCCUCGACCAUCGGUCCUCCUCGUCGCUCUUGGUCCCACCAGACGACUCGAUACUCUUUCUCUUGCCGUUUUUACCACUCUCGUCUCUUUCCGUUCGCCUCACUCGAUUCGCCCUCGUUCAGACACGCUUUAGCUCUCCUUUCUUUCUUUUCUUUUCUGUUUUUUUUUUCUUUAUUUUUUCUUCUCAACGGCCGCGAUUGCACUUUCUCCGCCGUUUGAACCCCGACGACCCUCGGCCGGGAAUAUUAUCGACACUGCCAAGUUCACUUCUGUUUACAUUCGCCACGCUUGACGACCCCGCGACUCGGCGAGAACGCGCCUCGCGGUUUCUUCUCACGAGUUCGCUCCGCCUCGAAAUCGGCCAAUUUUUUCGGGGAAAAGGAGUUGCUAAUUAGCAGAGAUUUAUUUGCUACUAUUUUUCCGAUUAAUAGAUCAUUUCUACUGCGAUUUAUAUGGAAAAGUAUCUACCCUUAGCAUAAAUAAAAGGAUAGCAAAUCAGAUAGAGCAGAUUUUGAAAAGCGGAAUUAAAAGUGUCGCAAAAUACCAGCUAUAAUAUGUCAAAUUAAAGCAUAUGGUUUGUACGUAACAGCCGACUAAUUGCUUCGUCAAUAUUUUUAAUAUAAAUUGGAUAGGUUUUGAUUAGAAUCAAUUUUGGAGCAACCGAGUUACAGCGCACUGUUUUGUAAUAUUGAACGUUUAAUUUUAAUAAUUAGCCAUUUUCUAUUACCGAUGUUGAAGGAAUUUUUAUGUAAUUAUUUUUCUUAAAUUUUGAACUUCAAAUUCAGGUGUCAUAAUUGUUAUUUUGUAAUACUUGUAUGUUAUCAAAUAGUGUUAGAUUUUCUAUGUUUCAAAAUCCGUUGUAUAUUUUAAUAAAAUAUUUGUUAUAUCUCUA